AUGCCCAGGUCUCAAAGUGCUCAUGAUGAUCCCUAUGGCCUUAUCAAUUAUGCCCAGAGCAACAUCAAAAGCAGGAGCCUUCCUACAUGUAAUCCCCACUGGUCUCCACUGACUGAAGAACUUCUAGAGUGUUCUCAAUCAGGGGCAAAAUCACAACAGAACCAAAUUUUUCCUACAAACUAUGUAUCCUCUGAGGCUUUAAGUAAAACACAGGGACAGUCUGUCAACAUUGAUUUAGAGGAGUUUUUUCAACAAUGGCAUUUUAAUUUGCCCAAUGGAGACAGAGACAUCUACACCCAUCCUCAGAAAGUGCCAUCAGGUCGACCAAUGCUGGAUGUUAGAAAUGCCUACCUCUCUCAGAUACAACAAAGAAAACAUGACUACACGUCACCUGACAACGACAGGGGCAAUGGUCCGCUUAUGAAUCAUUACGCUGAUCUGAGUAAUGUCUUGAAAUCUGAAAAUGAAAAAAGCCCCACUGGUUUUCAUCCUCAUGAUGAAGACCAAUUGAACCAGAGCCGUGCAAAGCCCAUCAGUAAUGAUCAGUACACCCCACAAGACAUUAACCAACUGGUGUACAGUUUGCAGUCAUUCAUCGCUGGUGAGAACGAUAGCUUGUGUCUUGGUGACAUUCCAAACAUGCACAGGCAGACAGUGGCCAUGAACUUUGAUGACAGUAUGGGUGACCAAUACAAAAUCUCCCCAUCUGACAUGUCACCACAAACUACUUCUCGAGUGCAGAUCCAAAAGCAACUUGGGAGACAAUUUGGGACCGAGCAGAUAGAAAGAAAUGGAGGAGCACAUAACCAAUCAUUUAACCAUCAUGCUUAUCUUGAUCUACCUGGUUUUAGCCCUCAGAACACAGACUUCUUCGAGCAACCAAAACCACCCUUUGCAUCGUUAAACUACCAAAACCGAUAUCAGAACAAGAUGACCAUGCACAGACAAAAUGCUUCAAUCCCCAACAUAGGCAUGAAACAGUUUACAAAGCAGCAAUUCCUGCAAGCUAAGAUACAGGGAAAGAUCAAGCCACCAAUGCAGGAGGAAAAGAAGAGGAUGCUUAUCUCUAGUUUUCUAGGUGAAGGCGACCCAGCAAGACUUCAAUCCAACACUGACAUGAGGGGAGAUGAGAAACAAGGCCUCUCAAAAAACCUGUAUUUUGACCCCAUGGGGAACAUGCAGUUUAAGAGAAUAGAUGAUGACAGCAACAUCUUCAGUGCAGGGAAUACACAGCAGCUCUUGCCUUUCUCAUGUCCUGUAAAUGACCCUAGAAGGAUGCCGAGUGUUACCAUCAACUCCUCCAACUUCAGCUCAAGAUUCACACAGCCCUAUGGAAGAGCUGCUCCUGGCAUGGACGCGGGUGAUAUGGUGUCAACCAAUGAGUCUGCAGCUUUCAACUCCUAUGUCAGUGACGUGAUGAGCCACCGAGGGGAGAGCACUUAUCAUGGCAUGUCAUCUUCAAUAGUGAUGAAUCAAGGAGGACCUGUGUUCCAGCUUAACUUCUACCUGGAUGAGUGCUAUGAGCAGUGGAAGUGUUUGGAAAAGGAAAGAGAGCAGAUACAGGCCAUCCUUUCCAUGACAUUCCAUGGGAAGAAGACUGCAGCAAUGAUCAACACCAACAUACCCAAAACUCCACAGAACCCUACAAGAGUUGACCACCUUAUUGUUAAAAACAUGAGAGAACAAGCAAGGGUGGCAAGUCUUCUGGAUCGAAUGGAGUGUCUGCACAACAUUCCCCUCCAUACCAACAUUCACACAGCACUAAACAGGCAUAAUAUGGCAAUUUCCAUAACCCAAGCCAGACGCAAAGAGGAGAUUGACAACAUGUCUAAACAGCAGCGUCAGAGAGCUCAUUUCACAGAGGACAGAGAUACUCUGUUGUUGGUUUUUGCACUGAAAGACCUUGCUGCUACCACAAGGAAGCUCCGUACAGCCCUGUGGUGUGCUCACCAGAUGACACUCCCAAAACCUGUCAAGAGGCAGGAGAAGACUGCCUCCCAAGAGCCCCCACACUCAAGGAGGAGCCCCUCUCCAUUAGAGGGCUACUCUUUUUAGGAUAAGCCUUUCCUGGCACUUAGCAUGAGUUAAGAUCUGAAUAUAAAUUUAAACCAUACCUUUACACAAUAAUUAUAAAUUGCCCAUAGGCAGCAAAGGGAUGUGAAAAAUGCUCCCUACCUGCAAGUCUAUUGUAACAUUUUUACCUGCAACACUGCAAUCACUGCAGAAUAUGACAUGAGCAAUAUGAAGCUUGAUGAUGGCUACACUUUUUAGGGCUCAGGAACUUCAAAUGGCUACGUUUUCUUGUGAAAGAAUUGCAUGAAAUGUAACUUAUCCUGCUGUAUCUUAACUUCAUUUCAUACAAUUAGUGUCAGUUCUAAAUUCUUGUGAGUUCUCUCCAGCAUCGUUGUAUUUAAAGGCACUAUUUAUGAUUUUAUUUAUGAGAUUUCAGUGAAUUCUUCUUGUUUUACUUAUUUGUUGGAAUGUGAUGGAACAUUAGUUUCAGGGUAUUUCCCAAACAUUAGUUUAAUCAUAAGGGCAACAGUCUUAAAUUAACGUGCUAAAUAUUACAAUGUUAACUACAAAUAUUCCAUUUUAUUCAACUUCAGUUUUCCUAUGCAACCUUAACAUGAUGUAAUCAAAAAUAACAAAACAUUAUUUAUAUGCAUUGUGGUGAAGUUUUAACUUAUACUCAAUUCAUUCUGAUACUCGAAUACUAAUACAAGUUCAGUGUUUUAAAAUGUAUUUGGAUCAUAUAUCCAUUCCAAACAUUAAAAUUAACAUCAUUCUAAUCAGUGAAAUGUAGCAUAGCUAAAUUUAAAGCCAUUUUCUGUGGAUCCAGUUUUAGUCUUUGAGGACUUAUGCUGUAACAGUAGUUUAAUAUAAUAUGCUAAAUUAUAAA